AUGGCGGCGGCGGCGGCGGGUGCCGGCGGCCGGGCCGCGGUGCGGGGGCGGCGGCGGCGGGGCCGGCCCGCGGCCGAGGAGGAGCAGGACGCGGUGGUGCUGUCGGUGGCCGAGUGCCCGGUGUGCCGGCAGGCGCUGGUGGAGGCGGUGACGCCGCCCUGCCGCCACUCGCUCUGCCUCGCCUGCUUCCAGCGCUGCCUGCAGGGCCCGGGCCUCUGCUGCCCGCUGUGCCGCAGCCGCCUCUCCACACGGGCCCGGCGGCGGCAGGCCGAGCCCGCAGCCAGCACGGCGGCCGGAGCAGCAGGCGGGGAGCAGCGGCCGCCGGACCAAGACUUUAUAUUCAGAGCACCCAUUAAAUUAAGCAAAACAGGAGAACUCCGAGAAGAAUAUGAAAGCCAGCUAAGGAAGCUGAGAGAAGAGAAAAUACAAGAAGAAAAGACAUCUGAGGAUCUGAUUCACAAGUUCAUCCUAGAUGACAUGGAUGUAGGGAAAAGAAAAAUGGAGGAACAGCAGAAAAAAGAUGAAUCUGUAGUGCUGAAAGGGAACCAAGACUGUUUUCCUGAACGUCUCUCGGAUUCCGAGAAUGAAGAACCAUUCCAGGGCAAGCAAACACAUCGGUCAGCUUUUGUUUCCAAGAGCAGUGCUUAUUCCUUUGCUUUCCUUUCAGGGAAUUUAACCUCCAAGGUGGAGAGGAGUCGGAGCUGCAACGACACCAUUCAGGAGAGAUCCAAGAGCAGGCAGAGAUCAGCCCCAGCCACCAAAACAAAGGUGCUGCCCGCCGCGGGCGCGUCGACGCCGCUGCUCGGGGUGCUGUCGUGCGCGCAGAACAACCGCUGCCUGUCCGCCCCGGACCUGACGGCCGAGAAGCGCCUGCUGCUCAGCGCCGUGUCCUCCCUGUCGGCCCUGCACCGGCCGGAGCGCUCCAUCAGCCCCGAGAGCAACGACAGCAUCUCGGAGGAGCUCAACCACUUCAAGCCCAUCGUCUGCUCCCCGUGCACCCCGCCAAAGAGGCUGCCCGACGGCAGAGUCCUGAGCCCCCUCAUCAUCAAAUCCACCCCCAGAAACCUGAACCGGAGCCUGCAGAAGCCAACCACCUAUGAGGCCAGUCCUAGAAUACUGAAAAAAUGGGAGCAGAUAUUUCAGGAGCGUCAGAUCAAAAAGACCCUCUCUAAAGCAACCCUCACAUCUUUGGCUUCGGAGCCUGGGGAAGACGUGGUGGUUCCUGACAUCACCAACUCCGUGAGUUGCACUAAAGAGCAGCCACAAGCGCAGGAGGAUCACCUUCCACCUGACACAACAGGAGAGCCUCGCCCUGAGCUGGAUUUCUUCCCUUCAGUCAGUGAAAUGAAGCUGGGAAGGGGAAGUGAGAAGAACAGGGGUUCACAGGCCUUAACCGCUGAUGACAGUGCUGCUGAACCAGAUGUGAGAUCAAGUGUAACCUCCCUCAACACACGAGUGGCUGAAGUCCCUGACCAAAAAGUGAAUACAUUCAUGGACAAAUCCUGUCUUAGUCUAGGCCCGAAAGUGCUGAGCAGGAGACUCAUGGGCAUCAGCGCUUCGCUGCCUGACAACAGCGCGCUCGCAGUCCCCAUCAAGCCACCGGGGAAAAAGCAGCUGAAAUACCUGAACAACAGUGAGCUGAUCAACGUGCAGAACAGCACCUGCAGCUCCGUGGAGAACAUCAUCGGCGAGCAGCCGCCGCUGCUGCGGCGGGGCCGGAAGAGACGCUGCAAAACAAAGCACUUGGAGCACAACGGCUCCGUCAAAAGACUGAGGCACGUGGCAGGGGAGGUGGGCCUGCCUCCGGAGGUUCGGGACGUGGAGCAGAAGCUCCAGCAAGAGGAGGAGGACAGGAGGUUGGCCCUGCACCUGCAGCGGAUUUUCGACAGCGAGAACAGGACCGUGGAUAGGCGGAAAGUCCGUGUGGAUCGGUAUCUGCUGCGGUCCAAGAGCACUCUGGGUGCCAAGUAGCACUGCUGGACGAUGUUGCCUUUCUAGAGGACGAUGAGGUUUAUCAGAUUAUCUUAUAGGAAAACUAUUUUUUGCCCUACUUCACCCACGCAGUUGUUUUUUGUUUCAGUGGUAAGACAUUUCUAGGUCCAGUUCAGAGAGAAGCCAGCGUCCUUUCAGAUUUAAAAAAAAAAAAAAGAGAGAGAGAAUGAGGAAAAAAAAAAUCCUCCGGUCCUCUCUGGUCCGUUGGUCUGAAGGAAUUGUCUGUUGUCCCUGUGAAUACACUGCAAGGCCUCCACAGGCAGUCAGGCACACCUGGGAUCCCCAGCUAGGAGGGUUGUGAACGUGGGGUAUGAGGAGCAUCCCAUGCCAAGAGAAAUCUGAGCUCUGCUCAUAGAAAUUGUCUGAGAGUCUUCUCCUCUCUGCCUGACCCAUUUUCUCCCUCAAGCUGCAUCUGGUUGUGGGGUCAGCCUCUUAUCCAUGCUCUAUAUUUCUCCUGGGGAGUCCUAAACAGAGCCCCCCUGUAGUAUUUCCAAAUGAAUGUAUCUCACUGUCUGCAGCAGCAGUACAGAUCAUUCGUCACUUUCUUGAAGCAGAAAGCCAAAUGCAGUGAAAAGAAAGACCUAAAAUAAGGAUUUUACUGAAGAACCUGAUAGGGGUUUGUAAUUUCGUGUUCGUGACAGGGGAGAGAGCUCAGGUGGAGCAGCUGGAGCCACACGCUGAGCACUGGGACCCAGGGAGCUUUUCUCCCGGGUUUCCUGUUCUUCCCUAUAGAAGUGAAGAAAGGGAAACGCUGGCCAGGGAGUUUCUGGAAGGAUGUCCUCCCAGCUGCCAUGUCCCUUGCUCAGUUGAGAGCUGUCUCAGCACAGCUGAGGCCUGUCCUUGCAUGUCCCAGAGGAGCGCAUUGCUGUGCUCUCCAGGCAGCCGAAGGGACGGGAGCCCAGCUGUCCCAAGGGCUGCCCUGCCCUGCUGCAGCUUCCUGGCUUCAGGCUCAAACCACUAAGAAAGCUCAGGUGAGUGAUGCACUAAAAACUUCCAGGCGUGAAGCUGCCUGGAGCAGAGCUGGCUCAGAGCCUGGGCUUGGUGGAGCGUGUGUUCUGUGCCCAGAUGUGGCAGGCCACCCUCUGAGCGUCUCUAACCCUCUUCCAUGGAUUAAUUUCAUGGAUUGUUUCCAGUAACGUAGCUCCAAACGUACCCUUCCCACUCAGUCCUUGGCAGCUGCCUUGCAGGGUAUUCACGGGGACCCUCGAGGCCCAUGGCGACCCUUGUCGGGGGCAGGGGUUGUGGCAUUACCUGUCCUGCCCCCCCGUGUCCCAGGUGCAGGGGUGUUCUUGGGAUGAGCCCAGUGCAGGAGCAAACUUCCCUAUGGAUCCUGUGAAGGGAGGGCAGCCAGUGCACAUAAAUAGACGGAUCUGAUCUAAGACAACUGCAUUGCCCAAUUUCCUCUAUCUAAAAAUGGUUGAAUUUUCUCCCUCCAUCUUAAACAGUCAAAAAGAAAACAGGAACUGGUUUUCUUUUUCACUGUAAGGACCCCUGGCAGGAUUUUUUUCCCCUAAUUGAACUGGAUUAAAAAAAAAAAAAAAAAAAAAAAAAAAAAAAACAGGAAAAAAAAAAAGAAAUCUUAUAUUUUAUUGGGUAAAAUUUAUAUAUUUUAAAUACUAUAUUUCAACAGAUCGACACUUUUGUUUUGAGAAAUCUUAUAGCAAUGAUUCCAUAAUAUAUAUCUCUAUCUCUGUAUCUCCUUGCCACACAAACUUCUGGAUGGUUCAAGCUGUACCUGGGGCUGGUGACACCCGGCCUGCUCUGCCUUCCCGGCACUCCGGGCCCUCUCCUGCGCCGCAGCCUCAGCAGGUGCUGCUUGAAGCAGGCGCUUUUGACCCAAACCAAAACCUGCUCCUCUGUCCAGCUGUGAAUCAGAAGGAAAUUAUGGAAUUAGAGCCUUGACUGGACCCAGAAGAACAGCACAGAGAGAAGUAGUGAUGGCCUGGAACUGCCCUCAGAGCUCAGGAGGGAAAGCCACAGCUUUAAUUUGGAAUCCGUGCUGAUUUUCCCAACGUUUUCAGCUACAAUAUGCACUUCCCGGGUGCGUUUAGAUUUAGAAUUAUUUUUACAGGCCCCCUUUCCUGCGGCUCAUCCCUGGAGCCCCAAACAGACUUCCCUAAACAGUUUCCUUUUUUUCUUGUGGUGUUUGUGGGGGUUCAGCUGGGCCUGGGCUGCUUACACCACAAAAAAAAAUAGAUUUACACACUGAAUGUAUCUUUUCUUUCCCCUCUUAAAACAGAUUUCACAGCCCAAUGCACUAUGCCAGUGUCUUAAAUACCUUCUUUUGAAAAGAUUUCAUAAAUAUUUAGGGGUUUGUGCGUUAAUUUCCUGAUCCCAAAUCCAAGCUGGGCAGAAGUGUAGGAGGCAGUGCCUGGGCUGGAGCUUGUCCCCGGCCAAAAAAAGCUUCAUGGGACCCCUCAUGCUCCCGGCUGCCCCCAAAACAGAGAUCCCCACUCCCCAGGCAUCACGCACAGGCCAUGGCAUCUGCGUUCAAGGAGACCUUUGGAUGUGGAAUCACAAUCAUGUUGUGGAAGGGUUGCGGCGAUGCAAAGCCAGGACGAAUGUUUUAUUACUUUAACACUCUCCACGUUUGUGUAAGCUUGCAAAAAACAACAAAAAUUGUAAAUAAUUACACUCAAAAGAGCAGGAGUACCCAGCCUCUCCCCUGUAAAGGUCAGGAAUGACACCACCUUUGCCAGAAAUCAUGCCAGCUGAGAAGGAAAAUACCUCCUGCUGAACGGUGGAUGCAGCACGAGAUUACACCAAGUAUUUAUUCACACUCCUCUGAAAGUCCUUUGUAACCCUCAGCUGCCUUCCCUCCGGGAUGAAGGCAUUCCUUGCUGGCUGUGGGACAGCACGGGCAUGGGAGUGUCCUCCCAAAAUGUCUCACCCGGAGGGGCUGAGGUUGGUUCUGUGAUGGAAGGACCGUGUCUGCCAAAGGUGCCACCGACUCCCAGAAAGUGGCUUUCUGACCCUCUGGAGCUCUCUGCCCAGGAAAAGCCGUACAGAAAGGUCCGUGUUCGGAGUCAGCGAGAUGAGAUAAAUGAAGGAAAAGUGCCAAAAGGGAUCAUGCCAGGUGAUUGUAUGACGUUGUUCUAUAUUGUCAGUAUUUCUCUUCCAAUGCUAUUGUACAUGCAGUGCACAGCAGUCACCAAGUGUAGCUUGAACAAGCGCUUCUUUGUAUUUUCUCAGCGAAAGCAAAGGGGGAGAUCGAAGCCUUAAAGACUCUCACUGAAUUUAGAAAACAAGCCUUUAGCAAUGCUGCGGGCCCUCGGACAGGACAGCCCUGUCCCGCCUCCCGCUUGUCCGGCGGAGGGUUGGCCAAGAGCUUGUCGCACGGCUGGGGGGAAGCGUUCCGGGAGAACCUGGACCCUCUGGCCCGGUGGGGGACGCGGGACGGAGCCCCACGGGCCGUCCCGGGGAGGGCAGCGCGGAGCCGGGCGAUCCCCGCGUGCCACACGCGCCUGGCAGCGCCCUGUGCCCUCCCAGGUGUGCGGGACGUGGAACACCGCCACGCGCCGGGGUUAGCGCUCACUAUGCAAACGGGAGAACCUCCAGCUGGUCGCGGGCGGACGGGUUCCCUGGGACUCGCUGCCGAACUCCGCAGCGCCAGCCUGGGUGUCGCUGCCCUUUCCCUCCAGUAACGCUUUAAGUCGUCGUGCUUUCGUGUUCUCCGCUCGCCAGCUGAGCGCCGGCUGGCUGCAGACCCCGACGGUCGUUCUGGCCUCCGCUGAACCCCCGUGGCUUCGCCUGAAUGUGUCACAAAGCCAUGGAAGGCACCAAAGGACCGCUGACUUGCAUGUGUGAAAUGUGUGAGUGGAAUGACAUGCGGGCAUCUGUCAUGUUGUUGCUUCUGUUGUUCGAAACAGAGUAAAUCCUGCUUGUGAAACAAUUGUCACAAACCAGAAAUACGCCAACAAACGUGUACAAAUAACAGUGUUUGUUUUAACAGCAAUCAGGACUUGAACUGCAGGGCAAAGGCCGAGGUUCAAACAGAAUAAAACCAGAUUCUGACA